AUGGGAAGUUUCAACACUAGUUGCGGAGAAGACUUCAUUUUGGUGGGCUUCUCAGAUUGGCCUCAACUGGAACUUGCCCUUUUUGUCUUUAUUUCAAUUUUCUACUCCCUAACUCUCUUUGGCAAUACCACCAUCAUUGCUCUCUCUUGCCUGGAUCAUCGGUUGCACACACCCAUGUACUUUUUCCUCUGUCAUCUCUCUUUCCUGGACCUCUGCUGCACCACCAGCACUGUGCCCCAGCUUCUGAUCAACCUUCAUGGACACUACCGGACCAUCACCUAUGGAGGGUGUGUGGCCCAGCUCUUUCUCUUCCUCUCCCUGGGCUCCACUGAGUCUGUGCUCCUGGUGGUGAUGGCCUUUGACCGCUAUGCUGCUGUCUGUCGACCACUCCACUACACAGCCAUCAUGUACCCCCGUUUCUGCCAGACACUGGCCGUCAUCUCCUGGGUGGGAGGCUUCAUGAACUCUGCGGUUCAGACAGGCCUCAUGAUGGCCAUGCCCCUCUGUGUCCCCCAUCACCUGAACCACUUCUUCUGUGAGAUGCCUGUGCUCCUGAAGCUGGCUUGUGAGGACACACAAGAGACAGAGGUCAAGAUGUUUGUGGCCCGAGUCAUUAUCGGGGUGGUUCCUGAAGCACUAAUUCUAGGCUCUUAUGUCCACAUUGCUCAAGCAGUGCUGAGGGUCAAAUCAGCUGCUGGACGCAGAAAGGCUUUUGGGACUUGUGGGUCCCACCUCUUGGUGGUUUCCCUUUUUUAUGGCUCAGCCAUUUACACAUACCUCCAACCCAUGCGUAAUUAUUCACAGAGUGAGGGAAAGUUUGUUGCCCUUUUUUAUACUAUAGUUACCCCCAUGCUCAAUCCUCUGAUUUAUACCCUAAGAAACAAGGAUGUGAAGGGGGCUCUGAAGAAGGUACUAUGGAAAGGCAGAGACUUGGGGUAAGGAGGGGAAAGGAGGACAAAUACAAUUGUCUGUGAUAGCUCUCAGGUCAUGGAGCCCAUCCUCUUCCUGGGAGAGCAGUUGGUGAACAGAAAAUAGCCCUUGGUAGACCUCAGGUUUUAGCACCUUACCCGCCUUGUUUGGGAGUUGGAAGUGGGGAUCUCUUGGGGCUCUUUUUUGUUCAAUGUCUAUGAUCUAUAUCACAAGUUUUCAAAGAAAUGAGAUUGGGAAGUGGGCAUUGUGACCACUUUUGGAGAGUCACAG